AUGGCUCAACAAUGGCGUAACGUCGGAACCAGCCAUCACGACGAUGAACGGUGCUCCCGUUCUAAAGCCAGCAUCUACCCAAAGAAUUGCAAUCAGCUCAGAGCCACUCUUCUGCUUCAAGAUAUCAAUCUCUUGGAAUUGAUCCAACAUAUCACUCAUGAGCGGAUUCCAGAACGUGUCGUCCAUGCAAGAGGUACCAGCGCUCACGGAUACUUUGAAGUCACCGACGACAUCUCGGACGUCACAUCCGCGGCAUUUUUAAACAAAGUUGGAAAGCAGACAGAUUUAUUUUAUUGGCUAUUUCUCAGCACUCCUGUCUUUCCAAUCCGAGAUGGAGCAAAAUUUCCAUCUUUCACUCAUGCAACCAAGAAGAACCCAAGAAGUGGUUUACCUGAUCACAAGGCAUUUUGGGACUACUUCACUCACAACCAAGAGGCAAUUCACUUCCUUAUGUUCCUCUUCAGUGACCGUGCUACACCAGUUGAUUUCCAACACGCCGACAUCUUCAGAGUGAAAAACUUUACACAAGAUGAGGCCAAUCAAAAGGCUGGUGUCGACCCAGACUUCCAAACUCGUAGUCUUUAUGAAGAUAUCGAAAAUCAGAAAUACCCGACGUGGGAUGUUUUUGCACAGAUUAUUGACCCUGUCAAAGCCGAGAAUUACCAUAUCAAUAUCUUUGACGCAACUAAAACAUUCCCAUUUUCGGAAUUCCCUCUUCGCAAAUUCGGUAAAAUUACACUAAACAGGAAUGUGGAUAAUUUCUUCGCAGAGCAAGAGCAAAGUGCUUUCAGUCCAACAAAUCUUGUCCCUGGAUGGGCUCUGACUCCAGAUCUUAUCAUCCAAACCCGUGCUCUUGCCUACGCAGACACUCAAAGAUAUCGUCUUGGAGCCAACUUCGUCCAACUCCCUGUCAAUGCUCCAUACAAAAAGCCUUUUACUCCUCUCAUCAGAGACGGAGCUGCUACUAUCAACGGCAACUUCGGUGGGACUCAAAAUUACUUCCCAUCGUCUUUCUACAAUGUCGGAGUGGCAACACAAUAUUCACAACCCGAUGAAGAACAAUUCCAAGGAACAGUUGUCAACUUCGAGAGUGAAGUCGUCGAUGCAGACUACGUGCAGCCAAGAAUAUUUUGGGAGAAGACGUUGGCUCAAGAGCCAGGUCAGCAGGAUAACCUUAUCAGCAAUGUUGCUGGUCAUUUGAGCUCUGUUACUGGAGAGAAGGGAAUUGAAGUUCGGCAAGCGGUCUAUGCAAUGUUCGGCAAAGUCAACUCAGAUCUCGGCAAGCGUAUUGAGACUUCAACAGAAGCUUUGAUCAAGCAAAACGAGACUGUAACGGUGACCAAAGAUAUGAACAAUAUCAAGAUCAGCAAGCAAAAUGGAGUGAAAAAUGGUAUACCAAAUGGUAACAGCCAUAACAGUGGUAUGUUCGCUCAUAAGAAUUGGAUCUAG